AUGGACGCUAAUGAAAGAUUAAGUUCUCUGAGGGCUAGCCAAAUGUUGGCCCAUGAAAUGGCCUUGUCUGUCGAGACAGCGAGGCCCAUCUUUCGGAGCCUGACAAGUUGGCGAGAGUCGCUUCCCUUGGCGCCAGCAACUGGUCAUAAUCUUCAGGACACAAUCUCAGGAACACCGUCUCCGUAUCCGGCAACAAUUUACAAUGCUUACCUUAUUCUAGUUGCAUGUGUAUGGAGAGCAAUUCUCCGAACGACGGUCAGAUCGUCUGAACCAGCACAGAUCAUACAUGUUGAAGACCCGGCAGACGCCACUGUGGCAUUCCUUAACGAUCUUCGAUGGGAGUUUCAUCAUCUUCCAGAAAUGGACUUCCGACUGGAUCACGGACAUAGGGAGAAUGGUACGAUGGUGGGUGAGUUGUAUGAGGCAUCAUUAGGUUGCGCAGACACGUUGGUCGAUUUUGUAUCCAAUCUUGCCGCGCCCUCUUUUGGUGGAUUUUGGCACUCAUGGUCACGUAUAGGUUUUGCCUUGAUGUCCAACUUUCUCAUGUUGCUCUUGGUUCAAGCGCCUGACUUUGGGAAAGCUGUGGAGGCCAACCGUCUAUUAAUGAAAUUGAAGCAAGUUUUGGACCAUCAGCACCGCGCUUUUCCUCUUUUUUUGUUGGCAAAAGCCCGAUUGGGAUCAUAUUUUUAUGUUGGGCUGGAUGAAACUUUUUAUCUCCCACCGCAUGUACAACAGGCCCUACAGCAGGGUUGA